AUGGCGAGCAACGAGAAAAUGAAGAUUGUUUUCGGGGCAAUGUCAUUUGGAAAGCCGAACACCCUCGGCUCUCGCGUCCAUGAUAUAGCUACAGCCACCGAGAUCCUAGAUCUAUUCCAACGCCAUGGUCACAACGAGAUAGAUACAGCCCGGAUCUAUGGCGGCGGAUCCUCCGAGGAGAUGAUCGCUAACCUCGCAUGGAAAGAUCGUGGUCUCGUCGUGGACACAAAACUGUACCCAAACGCCGGAGGCUUCGCUGCCUUUGAGGAUGGAUAUACCCACAAGCCCGAAGACAUUCGACGCGGAUUGAUGAAUAGCUUGAAAGCGCUACAAACAGAAAAAGUCGAUAUCUUCUACCUUCAUGCACCUGACCGCAAUACACCUUUUGAGGAUACCUUGCGCGAAGUCAACAAACUAUACCAACAGGGUCAUUUCUCUCGCCUGGGAUUGAGCAACUAUAUGGCCUGGGAGGUAGCCCAAAUAUGCGAGAUCUGCAUAAAGAACGAAUGGGUCAUGCCGACCGUCUACCAGGGAGUCUAUCAUGUCCUCCAGCGCAGCAUUGAGGGCGAACUCAUUCCCUGUCUUCGCAAAUACGGAAUUUCACUCUACGCUUUCCAACCUCUUGCGGGAGGACUCCUCACUGGACGUUAUAAGAGAGAUCAGACGGAAUUUGAAGAAGGUUCUCGCUUUGACCCGAAACUCCUAUCUGGAACUGUUGCUCGAGGUCGUUAUUGGAAUGACGCCUACUUUGACGCACUUGAAACUAUUCACUCAACUGCAACGAAGCAUGCUUUGACCGAUGCCGAGAUUGCACUGAGAUGGCUGAAGUAUCACUCGAAGCUGAGCCAAGAUUUGGGCGAUGCGAUCAUUGUGGGUGCAAGUCGAGUCAGCCAUCUUGAUUCUAACCUGGAAGAUCUGGAGAAGGGACCGCUUCCUGAAGAAGUUGUUGAGGCCGUGGUGGAGGCCUGGUCAUUGGUGAGAGGUACUGUGCCAAAUUACUGGCAUUAA